AUGUCAGACGUUGAAAACGACCAACAAACUUUAGAAGAAGAGAAGACAGAAGAUAAAGAAAAGGUUGAGGAAGAAGUUCCUGCCGAAUCAACUGAAUUAGAACAACCUUCUAAACCGAAAAAAAAGAAGAAAAAAAUUGAUUUUGCUGAAUUUGAACAACAAUUGAAGGAAGUAGGUGGGGAAGAGACUCGUGGUGCUGAAGAUGAUAAUAUAUUUGUUCCAGAAGGCGAACAGGUAGAAAAAGUAUCAGUCGAGGAAGCUUGGUUAAAAUCAGAUCGGGAUUACACAUAUCAAGAACUUUUGGGACGUGUAUUUCGAAUUCUUCGGCAAAACAACCCUGAGCUUGCAGGUGAUAAAAAAAGAUACACGAUUGUCCCACCAUCAGUCCAUCGAGAAGGAAACAAAAAAACGAUUUUCGCAAAUAUUUCAGAUAUUUGUAAGAGAAUGCACAGACAACCGGAACACGUUAUUCAAUUCUUAUUUGCUGAAUUGGGAACAAGUGGUUCGAUUGAUGGUUCUCAAAGACUAGUUAUUAGAGGUCGUUUCGUACAAAAACAGUUAGAAAACGUUUUGCUUGAAUAUGUUACAUGUAAAACUUGUAAGUCACCAGACACGAUCUUAACAAAAGAAAAUCGUAUUUUUUUCCAACAAUGUGAAAGUUGUGGGUCCACAAGAUCAGUGUCUGCAAUAAAAACAGGGUUUAAAGCACAAACUGAGAAGAGAGCUGCUCAAAGAAGGGCCGCUGUGCAAUAA